AUGGAGAGGUUAAAGCUCGGGCCGACGAAGUUGUGGACCGGGUUGGUGGUGCAUCACAAGGAUGUGUUUGUCACGCAUGUGCUUCCGAAAUUGAAUAGGGCAGAUCGGUUUUUCUUUUCGAGAGUGAAUAGAGAGAGUUGGGGUGCGCUUGAGUACGCCGGGUUGAACGUAUCGAAAUUAGGUUUGUCUAUUCACGAAUGUUCAUCCAUUUCGACGUUGGAAUGGGCGUGGAAUCACUUUCCCUGGGGAGAGAAAAAUAAAAGUGGAAGAGUGAUGGAUCAAGCCUGGUUUUGUGCGGGAGUUGCUUUUACGAACAAACUCGAGUUUCUCAAGUGGGCGAGAGAAGUGAAACAGUGCGAGUGGGAUGAAUGGACGAUUAAAGCGGCAGCAGUUAAAGGUAAUCUCGACAUGUUGAAGUACUGCUUCUCGAAUGGUUGCCCGUGUGAUGAAGAAGAGUCGUGCGUUCAAGCUGCUAUAGAAGGACACCUCGACUGUGUUCGAUUUCUUUUCGACAAACUGGAACCUUCGCGAGAGACGGAAAAAGAAGUGGCACUACUAGCAGCAGGAAAGGGUCACACAGACAUCAUGAAAUAUUUCGUUGAAGAACGAAAGAUGUCUGAUGCAGUAAAGAUCGACUGUAUGGUAAUCGUUGCAAAGUUUGGCCAACUCGAUUGUCUCAAAUACUUAUUAGGCGAAGAGGCGAAAGUGCCUCUUAACCACUGGGUAUACGUCGCUUGCGCUCGUUACUACGAGCACCCCGAGUGCGAAAACUACUUGCUAGAAAAAGGGUGCCCAGAACCAUCGGACGAACAAUACGCUGAUUUUGUCGAGGUAAGGGAAGCAGAGGCCGAGGAGGAGCACAGCGACUAA